GUCACCGGAUCAGGAGCAGCUGCUCGGGCAGUCGGUGCUAUUUUCACCCUGAGGAUAAAAUGAUGUGCACACCGCGUUGACACGUCAGGCUGCCAGGAUGAAGUCCGCAAACAGCGAGCGCCCCGACUGCUUCGCGUCGGACCCAGACGACCCGGAAAGCGAGAGCGACGGUUCGGAUGGGAAGUCCACUGGCGCCUGCAGCCCACGCCGCGGAAAGGAACCGCAACCUGUCAGGCGGAGGUGUCGGCGGAGAACCGGCACAGAGGCGCGUCUACCUGGUGUGAGUAAACAGAGGCAGGCGGCCAACGCGCGAGAGCGUGACAGGACGCACAGCGUCAACACGGCCUUCACCACCCUGCGCACGCUCAUCCCCACCGAGCCUGCCGACAGGAAGCUCUCCAAGGUGGAGACGCUGCGUCUGGCGUGCAGUUACAUCUCCCACCUUGCUAACGUGUUGAUGCUGGGGGAGGAAAGCCGCGACGGGCAGCCGUGCCUCCGCCACCAGGCCGGCGUGCACUGCCCAGCACAACGUAGCGCGCCGCCGCUGCGGGCCAUCUGCACCUUUUGUCUAAGCAACCAGAGGAAGCAGCAGCUCAAAGAUGGCAGCAAGCGUUCAACUAAAGCUUAAGGCCUCGGACCCACAUGGAGCAGUCGUGCAAGUUUACAUUUGUACAUAUUUAAAAUAUUUAUUCUUAGUUUAAAAGUUAGGGAAAAAGAAAAUGGACACUGGAAAGCACUUUCUGUUGCCAUCAUUUGUGCCUGUGAAGCAACCUGUGUUUUGGUUGAGCUGCAACCUGAGCCCAUGUGUAAGGUUGCACUAUUUUGGUCCCAACAACCCCGACGUAGCUAUUACUGCAGGAAGUAGACCUUGAUCAAAUACCUACAAUGUUGUUUUUUGCACAAAACAUCACUCUUAACGAUGCACAAGGCCCUUUUGUACAAGGUGUAUAGAAAUUGUGCAUAUUUACAACACAAAUAUAUAACCCUCCGAAGCAAUGUUGCACUACCUCAAACAUGUUUACCUCAACAUCAAAUGUGUAACAUUACUGUAUUUGUGUGGCUCGAUACCUUUGCACAUCAAAUAAUCUUCUGGAAAAAUAAAUAUUUUUGUACCAUAAAAAAAGUGUCAUCAUUCAGGUGGCAUGUUGCAUGCUGGGAAAACCUUUUCCUCACAUCGGUGGUGCGCGUAUCCGUCGGAAUGCUCCCUUGGUCAACUAAAAACACGCGUGAUCGUUUCAUAAGCUUUAUUUCCAUAAAAAAGUCAAUUGGUUUACAUCAGAUUAAAGAAAGUAGAAACCAAUAAUCUGAUUGCUGGCGAGGCAAUAUAUAGGGUGGGUCUUUCAACGGACUAAACAGUGUGACCACAACAGGGGGGGGGGGUAGGUUACAAAAGGAAAGCGGAGUUUAAGUGAGAAUGAGCCAAAAUGAUUUGGGCCGAGUUUUAAGUGAGGGGAUGUUAAAGAAAUGAAAACAAACGACAAGAAAAAAA